AUGGAAGAUGAGAGUCACAAUAAUAACACUUUGCCAAAUAAUGGGUUUAGCUCAGGAAGCCCUGAAAGUCCUUGCUUAAAGCCAAACAACAAUAAUCACCAUAACAAAGAACAGGACCGUUUUCUCCCUAUAGCCAAUGUUGGUAGAAUCAUGAAAAAAGUGAUUCCUGCAAAUGGGAAAAUCUCAAAGGAUGCUAAAGAGACAGUUCAAGAAUGUGUGUCAGAGUUCAUUAGCUUUGUCACAGGGGAAGCAUCUGACAAGUGUCAAAGGGAAAAGAGGAAAACCAUCAAUGGUGAUGAUAUCAUAUGGGCCAUCACAACCUUAGGAUUUGAUGAUUAUGUGGAGCCAUUGAAAACUUACCUUGUGAAAUACAGAGAGAUUGAAGGAGAAAAGGUGAACACACCAAAGCAACAACAACAACAACGUUCUGAUCAACAGAGGCUACUUCAACAUCAACAUAGCCAAGAUGAAAAUAAUAUUAAUAACCAACCAUUCAACUGUGUAUAUACAACCUCAACAAAUCUCAUGUCUCAUCAUCAGCCUCCUUUUGUGGCGGCGGAUCAGCCAUUUCCACUCCCUUUCUCAACAAAUUCAAUUCAAAAACAGUUAAGGCCACAGGACCAGAUUGAUUCAGUGGGGCAUUGGUAUGAGUAGCCAAGGUUUUAAAUUGCGAUUGCAGUCACGCGCAAUUGUGAAUAAAUGGGGGGUGGUGCGAUUGCAAUUGCAGUCACGAUACCGAUGCAGGGACUUCAAAACCCGUUACAUCGGUUGCGGACCGCAAUUUAAAACCCUAUGAGUACCUAAUACCAUGCUUUAUAUAUACAUGAUUAUGCUUAUAAGAAUAUAUAAUACUUAAUGUAAUGUCUAUAGUACAAGAAUAUACAAUGUGCAUCUUUAGUCCUUAGAGUUUUUUUCUGUUUGUACUUGUCGUAUAAUAAAGAUAACUACAUAUCUGGUUUAAUCCAUCCUCCACUAGUUAUUGUACUUGCAUCUUCUAAUUGCUUUGGUAAUAUAGAUUUGAGGAGAGAAGGAUUGAGCCAUAUGUUGGUAUGAAAAAUGGUUAAGUACCGAAGGUUUGUGUGUAUAUGCUAUUCGAAUUUCUUAGAGAA